UCCAUACGACUCGACUUAGAACAAAAACGCACACCGUCAUGUUAUAAGGUUUCUUUGUUACCGUUUUCGAUCUUUCUAACACCAAAUUCAAUUUCAUUCUAAUUGAUCUUCGAUUCAACCUUAGUAACAAACCCACAAUGUCUCAUUGUCGCGAAUCUUUCGUUCAAGCCAAUUUCUCCUCUGUUUGUGAAUCUGAUUCGCUCGCCGUGAAUCUUGAUUACUCAAACCCUAACAAGUUUAUUUGAAUGGUUUUGCCAUUUUAGGGUUUCAUGUUUCAGCCCUUGCUCGAUUUAUUUUGAAAGAGAUACGUAGAAAUGGAAAAGAAUUCUAAGCAUCUUGAUUGGACCUUCAAGUUUAUCAAUGUCGCUCAGCUAGUACUACACUUUGCAAUAGAUCAGAGCUUCGGUUUUGAUGUACUUACAGUAGUUGCAUGCACUGCUUCAACUGCAAAGUUACUUGAAGAUUGGAAUUUAGCGAAGAGGGACUCCGUUCUGUUUCAGGUCUGAUACAGGCCGGUACUUUGCAGAAUGCUAUCGCGGCUGGGACUGGUGCAGAACCUAAUUUGUAGAAGCACUGGAAUUAUGUUGUUCAAAAGGCAUAAUAUCAGGAGCCUUUUCUGCACAAAGAUGUUGACUCGACGACGAUGACCCUUAAGUCCAAUUCUUAUUCGCAAAUGCGAUUCUCGAAUCUCGAAAGUCUUGAAUCCAACCCGUUUCUUUCACUGUACUUUUGCUCACUACUCAGUCAGUAGUGCUGCCUUCUCCCUUCAAGGAAGCAUCUUUGUUGUUAGGUCUUUCUUUGACAGAAGGAUAGUUGGGUUCCUAGGUGUCGAAGGUGGUGAAAAAAAUUAUGCAAAGGAUGAGCAUGAUGUUGUCUGGUUUUGGCUGGAAAAAGGCAAGUCCCAUGAGUGUCUGGUGUGCACACAUUAUUCUGAGGUUGAAUGGAAAAGUAGUUGCAGAUCGCAGUCACAAGUGGAUAUAUAAGGAACCAAAUGAUCAAGAAAUUAACUUCUUGUUCGUUUUUACGUUCGCUCUCAGAGCUGGCCCAGUUCAAGGUCUACUUCAAACCGAAAUAUUUCCCAGUCGAAUCAGAGCCAAAGCCAUGGCAUUCUGUAUGUCCGUGCAUUGGAUCAAUUUGCAGCUUAUGGUGACCUGUUUCCUGCUGAGCAAUCAAGCGUAUUCUGCUAACCACAUUCUAAAAGGAACACAGAUGGCUCAGUCCCGCUACUUGUUUGCGCUAUCAUGCUUUCAUAUGAAUCUUCUUACUGAAGCAGAAGCAGCUUUAUGUCCCCGUAAUGACCCUGCUUCAGAGGUCCCUAAUGGUGCAGCAGGUCAUUACCUUCUUGGGCUUGUUUACAGGUUUCUUUAUGGUGAUCAAGCUCAAUUUUUCAAUGAUGAGAUUCAUAUUGAUCGAAAGCAUUCUAAGACUGGAACUGUUGCCAUGGCAAGUGCGGAAGAGAAUAUGAAUGCUUCACCGUUCUAUAUAACUCUACGUGAUGACCUUGAUUACCUUGAUGGAAAGCACACAGUUUUUGGUGAGGUAGCCGAAGGAUUUGAGACUUUGACAAGAAUAAAUGAGGCUUAUGCAGAUGGAAAGGGCAGACCAUUUAAAAUUAUUCGAAUCAAGCACACUUACAUCCUGGAGGAUCCCUAUGAUGAUCCUCCUCAGCUACCUGAGUUCAUUCCUGAAGGUUCACCAGAAGGAAAACCUAAAGAUGAGGUUGAUGAUGAAGUCCGGCUUGAAGAUGAUUGGGUUCCCGUGGAUGAACAAUUAAACCCAGGAGAACUUGAAGAAGUUAUUAGAUCAAUGGAAGCACAUUCUAGGGCAGUUGUGCUUGAGAGUAUUGGGGAUAUUCCUGAUGCUGAGGUUAAGCCUCCAGAUAAUGUACUAUUUGUCUGUAAAUUGAAUCCGGUUACCGAGUUAGAGUCAUUACAUACUUCUAUAUUUUCACGCUUUGAAACUGUAUCACCGGCUGAAAUCAUCCGUGAUCACAAGACUGGUGACAAUUUAUGCUAUGCUUUUAUAGAGUUUGAGGACAAACAGGCAUGUAAACAAGCAUAUUUUAAGAUGGAUAAUGCUUUGAUUGAUGAUCGAAGGAUACAUAUGGAUUGCACUGGAGAUGCUACAAUGAAACAAUCCACAAAAUACAUCUUGAAGGACAAUAAUUCCCAACGUGGUGGACAUAAUGCGAGAUAUGAAAUGGUUUUUGAUGGAGAUAACGCGGAAAGUCCAAGGCGUGAAACGAAACAAUAUUAAAAUGCUUAUCAAUGGAUACAACACCAUUUUCAAACAACAUAGUUGAUUUUAAACUUAACACUGGAUUUUCGUGUAGAGUUUGGAUCAAAUACGGGUUGGACCCCGUGGAUUUUAAAAUACUAUGUUUACCUUAGUCAAUUUUUUUUUUUGUUAAACUGUCUGAACCAGUCGUAACACUAUCUUUUGAUAAGCCAUUUAAUAAUAAAUUUUUGUAUUA